UGACGGUAAAAAUACAAGAAAUCCAUGGCUCAAAAUUGAUAGAACAAAUACAACCAAUGUUGGCUUUCCAAAUAAACUGCCUUCCUUAUAUGGUGUUACAACACUCUGUCUUUGUAAUUCCCAACUACAACAAGAAGAAGAGGUACUCUUGCUACAUUGCUUCUUCUUCCUUUAUCCGUUCAGUCUGCUGCCAGAAGCAGCAUCCCCCACAAGAAGAUAGUUGUCCUACCGAAAUGAGUCGCAGGGAGAUAAUACUAAGGACUAGUGAAAUUGCACUAUUUGGAUCCAUUUUCAGCUUCAGUAAAAGUGAGGACGGUCCGCCAAACAUGGAGUGAUGUAUUUUUCGUGACGCACAUCAGAUAUCUUACUGCCACUCUACACUAACUAAUUGUUAACAUGGUCAAGAGACAGAAAUUCCACCCCUUUUCUGGAUGUCAUAUUUGAGAAGAAAUAAAAUAAAAUUCAUACAAAAUAUUUUUCUUUGGUUAUGUUUAAAAUUUCAUUUGGUUACAGAAAUUUAUGUAUUGAAGGUUAUGAUUCUGGAUUCUUGGCCAGAUUUGAAAUAAAGACAAA